AUGUUGAACAUCUUUUUAUUAUUUUGUGGACUAGUUGAUGUUGAUGCAGUGUUUCAUUUGUAUGAUACUGACAUAAGCAAUCAAAACGAAUACAAAGAUUGUUUGUAUGCUGAUAAUUCAAAUAUGGAAACAAAUGAAUUUCAACUGAUUCCAUAUUGUAUCAGAAAUCUGAACAUAAAUCGACCAUUAACAUGUUCCGAUGUUAAUUUUACAUUUACUUUACUGAAGCAAAUGAAUGUAAGGGGUGAAGAUUUGUACAAUUGGUUUGCACCUAUCGACAUAAUUAAUGAUUAUCAAAAAUAUUUGUUCGUUGACAACAGUGAUGUCUCAUUGUUUGCAGAUAAAUAUUAUUGUAAUUGUACAGUAUACGAUGGAAAUAUAGAUUGUGAAUUUGGAGAAGAUGAAUCAUAUGAUUGUUUAACAUUGGAAGUGAAUGAAUGUGACAAAAAGACAGAAUAUCGAUGUCAAAGUGGUCAGUGUAUUUCGAGAAUAUUUUUAAUUGAUUUUUCUUAUGACUGUAUGGAUUUAAGUGAUGAACAAGAUACGUAUCUUGACUGGUUUGAGGCUAAUAAAUCAUUAAAUAAUCCACUCUAUCCAUUUGUAAAAUAUCUGUAUCAUAAUGUCAGUACAGACUCGGCAAACCAUGAUGACGAUGUUUAUAAGAUGUGGCGAUUUCCUAAUUAUAUUUGUUACAAUCGCAGUUUAUGCGCAGAUUUGCCUUAUACUAGUUCAUUGUCGAUCAAAGGUUUAACUUGUAUUGAAAGUAAAAUACCUGACUCUUUAACACGAUUUUCCGAGAAAGUAGUACAAGUUUUCUCUUCUUGUUCAAUUGCUCGUCUACAAAUUGAUAAUAACAGUUUGUUACAAUUAUUUUAUUGCAAUAAUUCAAUGAAAUUUAUCUCGAAAUAUCGAGUUAAUGAUCAACAAGAAGAUUGUUAUUAUGAUAAUGCAGAGGAUGAAGAUUUACGACAUUUUUCAUACACACAUGAUUUGCCAGAUCGCUUUAAUUGUGCAUCAUCAAAUCAAUCUAUUCCACGUCCAUUAAUGGGUCAUUGGAGAUAUGGAUGUGCAGAUAAAUCGGACACAGUCUUUGUUAGCCUUUGUAAAAAAGUAUCUGAUUUAGGCUGUCAAUUUCUUCGUGGAACUAAUUUUUCACCUGUCUAUUAUGUAUUUCAAGAAAAUUGUAAUGGUGUGACUAAAUUACCAUUUAAUGUUAAAAAUCAAACGGAUGAAACGGAUUGUAACGAAUGGCCAUCUCUAUAUAGGCAACGAUAUCAAAGAUGUAAUGGAGUUUGGGAUACAAAAAAUGGUAGUGAUGAAAUCAAUUGUCCGAAUACAAGUGAUACUUUUCUACGACAAAAAAUAUUCAAUUGCAGUGAAACUCAACAUUAUUGUCUUAAACUAAAUGAAACUACAAUAAGUUGUUUACCAAUUGAACAAGCUGGUGAUGGUCACAUUGAUUGCUUAGGUGCUACAGAUGAAAGGACAACAUCCAUCUGUUUAACUGAAACAAAAUUUCGUUGUUCCGACAGUAUCUGUUUUAGUGCAUCCUCAAUUUGCGGUGCCGUAUUGCCAAUGGUACCUACUUGCCAUGACAGAUCCAUCAUUUGUCCAUGGAACUUUAAUCCAAAGUGUUGGUUCGUGAGCACUUUUAGUUUCAUGUGUAAAGAUAAUCGGUGUCUAGAUUCUUUUGAUCGUUGCAACGGUAUUAUCGAUUGCAGUGAUGGUGAUGACGAGUGGUUUUGUGAUCUUGAUUAUGAACGAAAGAUGAUACAAUUUUCUUUUGAAGUUAUCGAUUACUAUCCAAUACAGCAGUUGACGGUUGCUGUUACCACUGAUACUGGUCAUCAAACUGCUGUCUUAUAUCAGCCAUUAUCAACAUUUUUGAUAUCACAUCUACACACAACUCCAAAAAAGAAAACGAUGGAUGAUAAACUGAGUCAUUGGUAUUGCAAUCGAAGUAUCAUAGUAAAUUUCAAACAAUACAUAAAUACGAAACGAGAAUGUUUAUGUCCUCCAAGUUAUUAUGGUGAACGAUGUCAAUAUCAAUCGAGACGAUUAACAAUUAUCUUCAAAUUAGACAUAAAAGAUAGUCUGAUUCGAGAACGACAAAAUUUCAUCAAACUGGUUGCUUAUUUGAUAACGAAUGAAACAAUUGUUUAUUACGAAGAAAUUAUUUAUAUGCGUAUGAUGAAACAUUUCUUUUAUUUAAUUUAUCCGCAACAGUCUACAGAAUUAAAAAAUUGGUCUAUUCGUCUGGAUGCAUUUUCUAUUACAACAGCAAGCAAUGUUGAUUUCACAGCGUCAUGGCUAUUCGAUAUUCCAUUUCCAUUUUUGCCUGUCAAUCGACUUGCUUUAUAUUUGAUAUUAACAGAACAAGAAACAUGUUACACUUUACAAUGUGGUACUUAUGGUAGCUGUCGAAAAUAUUUAAAUGCACCAUACAAAGAUUAUUGUCAAUGUGAAAAUGGAUGGUCAGGUCAAUACUGUAACAUCUCAAAUACAUGUUUAAAAUCAAAUUGUGUCCGAAAUGGAGGAAAAUGUUUGGGUCGAUAUCCAUCGGAUCAUAUGCCCAUAUGUGUUUGUGGACUUGGUCGUAUCGGAACUGAAUGUCAAGUCCAGGUUAAUUUGUCUUCAUGUAAAAAUCAGCUUUGCAACAAUGGUGGAACAUGUAUUGCAUUGGACCAACGAUCUAACAACAAACAUAACUACAAAUGCAUCUGUAAGGAAGAAUAUUAUGGUAAUCAGUGUCAAUUUCAUUCUGCAACAGUUGACAUUGAAUUUUCAAGUGAUCUUAAUCAAGACAGAGGUUCCAUUCCAGUAAUGAUUGUUCAUUUUGUGGCACUUCAAAAUGAAUCACCAGGAAUACUAUUUUUACAAAAUCGUUUCAUGUACUUACAAGUUCCAUUAAACAAAAAUGUACACAUUGUUAAUAAUGAUAUCGAAUAUUUACCCGAAUUUAUUCUUGUUCAAGUCUUUCUUACACCAAGCAAUUUUGAUUAUUAUAUUGCGGCUAUUAUUAAACAACGACAGUUAAGUAGUUUGAGCACUAUUGUUAUACGAUCAAAUCGUUGUCCACAUAUCAACGAACUAAUUGGUAACAACAAAACAAUUCUAGAAUUUUCAUUAAUGACAAAGGUCAAAUAUUAUCAUCAUGCAUGUGCUUUGAAUUCAACAAAAUGUUUUGUUGAUAAAACUCAUUUGUGUUUUUGUGAUAAAGAUCGAGCACCUGAUUGUCUUGUAUUUCAACAUGAAUCAACAGAUUGUUCUCGAAACUAUUGUCAAAAUGGUGGUCGAUGUGUACAAAAUAAUUACAAUGGAAUUUGGAAUUUUGGAUGUGUUUGUCAAGGAUGUGUUUAUGGAAAUCUUUGUCAAUUGACAACAUCUCAAAAUGCUUUUUCAUUAAAUGCCAUGUUAGGUCAGGACAUUUUAAAAGAUGUUUCGUUAACAAAUCAACCAACUUUGAUCAAGAUUACAUUGACAGUUGUCAUUUUAAUGAUCACAAUUGGAUUCGUGCCAAAUUUUUUGUCAUUGAUCACAUUUUGGCAACCGAAAGCACGUGAAUUUGGUUGUGGUUUUUAUUUGUUUUGUUUGCCAAUUGUUGGCCAAUGUGGAUUAUUGAUAUUUGGUGGUCGAUUCUAUUAUUUGUUAGCUACACAGUUAAAUGUUGUAAAAAAUUUGAAAGCAGCAUAUUGGAGCUGUAUUAGUCUUGAAUAUUUCCUCAGUGUAUGUCCUGCUCUAUUCGAUUGGUUAACAGCGUGUGUGGCCAUUGAACGUAGUGUAAAUAUUAUCAAAGGUAUAUUAUUCGAGAAAAAGGAAAGUGUCAAAUGGGCAAAACGCGUUGUUGGAGUGCUUGUCAUUCUUGUUUGUGCUAGUUCAUGGCAUGAAUUAUUUAUUCGCCAAUUGACUGAUGAUCCUAGGUCAUUCACUCAUACCUGGUGUGUCGUCAAAUUCAGAUGGUCACGGAUCGAAUACUAUCGAUUGGUAGUCAAUUUAGUAAAUUUGAUUGUACCUUGGUGUAUCAAUCUGAUUGCUACUGUUGUACUUUUGCACAAGACAGCACGACGAAAGCAAACAUUUAUGACAUCAAUAUCUGGAAAAGGCUAUUUUGUAACAUUGAAGAAGCAAAUUGUUUUGUAUGGUAGUCCGCUUGCCUUGAUUACACUUGUCUUAACACGACUGAUAUUUUCAUUCACUUUGGGAUGUAUCGAACAUGAAUGGUAA